AUGGAAGAGCAGGCAAACCUAAGGGUGACAUCCGACCAAGCACCUGUGGUUCUUCUGCGCGACUCCUUCCGCACUGCCAAACGAAUACGGGUGGCUCGCGUCUCGGGAGCUGCAGCUGCUCCCGCCCACCGCCUGGUGCUGGCAAACGUUCGCUGCUGGGAUGCGCAGGAGAGCCUCUUCAGCGAGGGGCUGCGGGCAGUGGUGGUGGAGGGGGAAACAAUAUCUGCCGUUUCUGAGGACGCCGCAGCGGUGGUGGGGGCAGCCGCGGCCAGGAACGACAUCGUCAUCGACUGCGGCGGCAUGUGGCUGCUGCCCGGGCUGUGCGACGCCCACGUCCACUGCACCGCCGUCACAGCUGACCUGGCGGGGCUGCAAUCACUGCCGGAGUCCCUGGUGACCGCGGGCGCCGCGGAGAUCCUGGGCGGCAUGCUGCUGAGGGGCUUCACCACCGUACGGGACGCUGGGGGUGCCGACUGGGGCCUGGCGCAGGCGGUGGACGACGGCUCCAUCCUGGGGCCACGCAUCCUGUUUACAGGCGCGCAGCUGGGAUGGCGGCUGGUUUUGGGGACGGGCGGCCACGGGGACUUCCGGGGAAAAGGGGAGGACUGCUGUGCCUGCGGCGCCGCUCUCCGCGGUAUCGGCCGCGUGUGUGACGGCGUGGGGGAGUGCCGGCGUGCGGCGCGGGACGAGCUGCGGCGGGGGGCUCACUGCAUCAAGGUCAUGGCGUCAGGGGGGGUGGCCUCCCCGACUGACAGGCUGACCAACACCCAAUUCUCACUGGAGGAAUUGAGGGCCAUUGUGGAGGAGGCGGAAGCUGCAGGGACAUAUGUUUGCGCCCACGCUUACAAGCCAUCAGCCAUCAAGCGCGCCCUCCAGUGCGGCGUGCGCAGCAUUGAGCACGGCAACUGGCUGGACGAAGAGUGCGCUGCGAUGAUGGUGGAGAGGGGGGCGUUCCUCGUCAGCACUACCGUCACGUACGCGGCCCUCAGGCGUGAUGGGGUCAAGGCGGGCAUGGCCGAGGCGCUGGUGGCAAAAGUGGCGGACGCGGUUGAGCAGGGUUUGGCAUCCAUACGGCUGGCGCGGUCUGCGGGGGUGACCCUGUGCUUUGGCAGUGACCUGCUGGGGGAGCUGCACCAGCACCAGUCUGAGGAGUUCCUGCUGCGCGCGCAGGCGGGGGUCACGCCAGUAGAGGCGAUCCAGCAGGCCACCUCAAACUGCGCCCGCCUCUUCGGUUUAGAGGAUGUGCUGGGGGCCGUCGCCCCGGGCCGCCGCGCCGACCUGGUCCUGCUCUCGCGGGAUCCCUCCCUGGACGCGUCGGCCCUGGCAGAGCCGCAGUCCAGCGUGCGGCUCGUCAUCAAGGAGGGCCUGCUGGCCGCGGUCCCCGGCGGCACCGCGGGUGCGGCGCUCGCGGCGGCCAACACGCGGCUCUAG